AUGGCGGCAUCCCAGGUAACAUUCCUCACUGGAGCCCCUCCACCGUCCAGAGUGGACAACGCAUCGUGCACCGUGACAAAACUGGACAAGGCCUAUGAUAUCCUCCUCGGGCUUGAACACACGCGCACCGGCGACGACGCACAAACUUCUUCCCACGCCGUCUGGCGCUCCCUGCCUUUAAGGAGACAGCCUCUGCACACCGGAUUCAGCCAAGUUCACGAUGUCCAGCACACGCAAUUCCGUGAAAGCGCCGGCUUCUUCACCACGGCAGACGUGUCUUUUGCGGAUUCGUCACACCUGGCCUCCGCACGCGAGGACGUCGAGGAUGUCUUGACACAGUUCUGCGAGCAGGCUUUGGCCGAGCACACGUCCAUCAUGUCUUCGCAGCCCGACGACAGCUUCAUGUCCGAGGAGGAGACUUCCUUCUUGACGACUACGUCGUCGGCCGACAGGACCAACCAUGACACGAUGAGGCCGCCGCCUCCUGUGCCGUCGCAUCUAUCUGACCUUGAGGACGUCCCGCCCGCCAAGCAGAUCCUCGCGUUGCAGCCCCAGACGGUGACCCUCAACCUCAUCAUCGGUGUCAUCUCCAUUGCCCAGCCACGCACCGUCACCACGCGCUGGGGCACUACGCUCUCGCUGGUUGAGGUGCUCGUCGGAGACGAGACCACGGCCGGCUUUGCAGUCACCUUUUGGAUCGCCAGCGAUUCCGACCGCAACGCCGGAGUGCUCCAGCUGCAGCGGCAGGACGUGGUCCUGAUGGAGAACGUCGCCCUGCACGUGUUUCGCGGCAAAGUCUACGGCCAAAGCCUGCGCAAGGGCCUGACGAGGGUCAACCUCCUCUGGCGCCGUGACGGGAGCGGUUACUACUCCACGAGGAGCCUCUCCAAGAAUCGAACCACUGCGGCGCGCCCGCAGCAGGAAAAGACGGCGCUGGUCAAGGACUGGGUCUUGCGAUUUGUGGGACGAGACCCGACAAGGACGACAAGGAGCAGCGUGCGAAAGUCGUGGGACAUGCCCCCUGAUGACUCGCAAUGA